AUUGGAGCAGAGUCUCAGGCACUCACGCAAAGGCAAGAUUUUGAUUCCGAAGCUGGGGAAUGGGACCCCACAUGUAAAGACUCCACAGGUGAGGUGUGAGCCACACAAAGCUUUUUUCUAUUGCCGUGUCCUCCUCUCUCCCUCUUCUUCUUCUUUCUCAAUUUCACUUUUAUUCGCUUCUUCCUCCUCUCUCUCUGACACCACCAACAACAAUGGCGAGACUUUCCUUGAGACCCAACAACCAUAUCUUCUCCUCUCCCAUCCACGCACACAACCAUCCUUUCCUCUCCUCCCUCUACACCAUCACCCCUCGCUCCUUCCCUCACCACACUCCUCUCAAAUCAUCAAGGGUCAAGUGCUCCGCCAGUGGUACAGAACGUGUCAGAGAGAGCAAGAAGCUUCCCAAGAGCCCUAUCAAAGAAGACCUUCCAAAUCCAGAAGCCUCCGAUUCCUCCUCCGAUGCUCUGAGUAGGGAAACGGGUAUAGAACAGAACUGGCCUCCGUGGAAGAACAUACCAGAGAGAUAUAAGCUCAUCGGCGCCACUUCCCUCGCCUUUGUUAUCUGCAACAUGGACAAGGUGAACUUGAGUAUUGCUAUAAUACCAAUGUCGCACCAGUUUGGAUGGAGCUCAUCUGUGGCUGGCUUGGUCCAGUCCUCUUUCUUUUGGGGUUAUGCCUUGAGCCAGUUGCCUGGUGGUUGGCUUUCCAAGAUUUUUGGCGGCAGAAAAGUGCUGGAGAUUGGUGUGUUUACAUGGUCUUUUGCUACAGCUCUUGUUCCACUACUUGCUGGAUUUAUGCCCGGGUUAAUCUUUUCUAGAAUUUUGGUGGGAAUAGGAGAAGGUGUUUCCCCAUCCGCUGCAACAGACCUUAUUGCCAGGACGAUACCUGUUGGAGAGCGCUCAAGAGCCGUAGGCUUUGUUUUUGGAGGAUUAAGUUUGGGAAGUGUUUUGGGGCUUCUCUUGGCUCCUCCCAUUAUCCAAACCUUUAAUUGGGAAUCUGUCUUUUACCUGUUUGGUCUCCUCGGUAUUGGCUGGUUUAUCGGAUUUCAAUUUCUUGGUGAAGAAGAAGUUUCACAUAGAGGUGAUGAGACCACUACUUCGCACAAACCAGAAAAUGCUACACGGGAAGAAUUGGGGAACUCAUUAAAGGAGAUUCCGUGGAAGUCGUUUUUCAAAAGCUCAGCUGUUUGGGCAAUGAUAUACACUCACUUUUGUGGAAGUUGGGGUCACUAUACCUGUUUAUCUUGGCUACCAACUUAUUUCAGUGAGGCACUGAGUCUAAAUUUGAGAGAUGCUGCUUGGGUUUCCAUCCUUCCUCCAUUGGCCUCAAUUUUUGUGACAAGUCUUGCUUCACAGUUUGCUGACUACUUAAUUUCUAAUGGAGUUGAGACCACCACGGUUCGAAAGAUAUGUCAAACGAUUGCGUUCUUGGCACCAGCGAUCUGCAUGACACUUUCAUCUGUGGACAUUGGCUUGCCACCAUGGGAAAUUGCCGGAAUCUUGACAGCAGGCUUGGCCCUAUCAAGUUUUGCUUUAUCAGGACUUUAUUGUACUCACCAGGACAUCUCACCCGAAUACGCAAGCAUACUUCUGGGCAUUACCAACACAGUAGGAGCAGUACCUGGGAUUGUAGGGGUUGCCCUAACCGGUUUCCUCCUCGACUCGACCCAUUCUUGGACUAUGUCUCUGUUUGCGCCAUCAAUAUUCUUCUACUUGACGGGGACGGUAGUGUGGUUGGCAUUUGCAAGUAGUAAGCCUCAGAAGUUUACUAAGGAUCAUGACUCAUAGAGAGUUUUUUUGUUUCUUCUUCAUUCUUGAGCCAAAGAAACAAACAAAAAGCAAAUAUAUAUAUAUAUAGACUUUGGUUAUGUAUAGGUUAAAGAAAUGAUAAAGAGAGCAGUGUUAGUUUUAUUCACUA